AUGUCCGUCUCAAGGAGUUCUCUGAAGUUCCCUAUCCUUUCUCUUCUGAACGCCCAGCGUCGGAUGGUAAGCGAUGUAACUUUCCAUACAAAGGGUUAUAAGUUGCACAAAUUAGACAAUGGACCAUCCACAACCGUCACUUUGACCCGUGAGGAUGCUUUAAAGUACUACCGUGAUAUGCAGAUAAUCCGUCGUAUGGAAUCUGCUGCUGGAAAUCUCUACAAGGAAAAGAAAAUUAGAGGAUUCUGCCAUCUCUACUCUGGUCAAGAAGCCUGCGCUGUUGGAAUGAAAGCAGCUAUGAUUGAAGGAGAUUCUGUCAUCACAGCUUAUCGUUGCCACGGAUGGACAUAUUUGUUUGGAUCUACUGUACCAGAAAUCCUUGCUGAGUUGACCGGACGCGUAUCUGGUAACGUCUAUGGAAAAGGAGGAUCCAUGCAUAUGUAUGGUAAAGACUUUUACGGAGGAAACGGAAUCGUUGGAGCUCAACAACCAUUGGGUGCUGGUGUAGCUUUAGCUAUGAAAUAUAGGGAUCAGAAAAAUGUCUGCUUCACAUUGUAUGGUGAUGGAGCUGCCAAUCAAGGACAGUUGUUUGAGUCCACAAAUAUGGCGAAACUGUGGAACUUGCCAGUCAUUUUCGUUUGCGAAAAUAAUGGUUUCGGUAUGGGUACUUCAGCGGAACGUGCCUCUGCUUCUAUGGAAUACUACACAAGAGGAGACUACGUUCCUGGUGUAUGGGUUGAUGGUAUGGACAUCUUAGCCGUUCGUGAAGCUACGAAAUGGGCCAAAGAAUACUGUGAUUCUGGAAAAGGACCAUUAGUCUUCGAGAUGGCUACUUACCGGUACCACGGUCACUCCAUGUCUGAUCCUGGAACCAGUUACCGUACCAGAGACGAAAUUCAGGAAGUGAGAAAGACUCGCGAUCCCAUUACCGGGUUCAAGGAUAGAAUUAUAACUUCAAACCUCGCAACUGAAGAGGAAUUGAAGAAUAUCGACAAGGAUGUUCGCAAGGAGGUUGAUGAAGCUGUUAAGAUUGCUACAAGCGAUGGAGUCAUGCCACUUGAAGGAUUAUAUGCCGACAUUUUCCAUAAUACUGAGGCCCAGAAUAUUCGUGGAGCCACCAUAGAUGAAUCGGUAGUGCAACCAUUCCUCACUUCAGCUGAGCUUCUCAGAGCGAUGAAGAAAUAA